AUGGGAAGAGGCGUACAAGCUACUUUAGCUGCAGCAGCUAGUGCUGGUGCCAUCUACUUCAUCGAUGAGAACUACUGUUAUUGCGUGGGCCGACGGACCUUCCGUGCUGCUGAGUGUGGUGCAUUCAUAUGGUGGCAAUACAAGAGAGUUUGGAAUGCUGAUAAUGCGUCUGAAGUACACAGACGUGUGGCAGAGGAGAUCGUGGCAACUUGCAAGAGAAAUGAAGGCCUGUACGUAAAGAUAGGACAGGUCCUCUGUUCAAUGGAAGUGGCCCUACCCAGGGAGAUGCACAAACCUUUCGAGGAACUACACGACAAAGCAUUGGAAAUGGAACAGAGUGAGGUACUUCGCCUUCUACAUGAGUCCGGAGUUGAUGAUGUUAUCCGAGACUUCGAACUGGAGCCUGUCGCCAGUGCAUCGAUAGCUCAGGUUCAUAAAGCACGGCUCAAGGCUUCGCCUCAUACCAGUGUAGCUGUGAAGCUCCGUAAACCUAGCGUGACUUUCCAGGUGGCCUGGGACCUCAGAGCCUAUUGGAUCAUUCUGUGGGCGUUGGAGAAGUCCUUCGACAUUCCCAUGUUGUGGACUUACGAUUUUACGAGAGACCAAUUUCGACAGGAGAUGGACCUUCGAAACGAGGCUGCGAACUCCGAUCGAGCAAAGGCGGACUUUGAGAACUCCGAACUGAGCGAGGUUGUUUAUGUACCCGAGGUUUUCUGGGCGAGCGAAGAUGUGAUAGUGGCGGAGUGGAUCGACGAGGCGGUGAAGGUGACGGACGCGGCAGUGCUGGGCGUUGAUUUGGGGAAGACUGUGAGGAACUGCACGGAGAUGUUUGCACAUCAGAUCUUCAAUUCGGGGCAUGUUCACUGUGACCCUCAUCCAGGCAAUCUGCUGGUCCGGCGGCAUCCUAGCAGGAGGAAAGGGCUCUUUGGAAGAUAUCAUCCUCACCAAAUAGUGUUCGUCGGAGGUCUUCCUAAGGAUGUUGAUGAGCAUGACCUGUUGUCCAUGAUAGAGCCUGUACAAGGGGACGUAGUGUGUGAUGUGAAGGUGGUGAGGAAGAAUGGUAAUUCUGAUGGAGCCGCCUUCGUCGAGUUCAUCACUCCUGAGCAAGCCCAAGAGUUUAUGAAGAUGUACGGGAGCGGUCAGCAGGCGAACCUUCGUGGUCGGCCUAUCGUUCUGAGACUGGAUUGGCCGAAGCCCCAAGCAGCCCCGCCUGCUCACUCUUCGGCUAAGGGUGGUGCUCCCGAAACGAAGGAACAUGGAAGGUCUCGGUCUAUGGAUACUGUUAAAGCGACAGCGGAUAGGAGCCCUAUCGCUUCUACAUCGGCUUCACAGAGUCCUAAGAAGGACGAAAGGUCAUUGGCGUCGAUCAGCGCUGCUGUGGCGGCAGCUACUGUUGCAGCGAUGGAGAGCUCGGGCCACAUGAGUGAAGCGAACCUUGCUUCGAUCAUCGCGGCUGCGACUGCUGCUGCCGCGGCUACUGCCAAGCAACGUGUCGCUUCAGCAACAGCUAGCGAUACUACCAGAAACGAUACCAGGAUGAGUCGCUCUCAAGCUAAAAUGUCGUCGACUAUGGGGACUGCAGGAGCGUUGAGACUAGGCCGUACGGGAAACAGUGCUGAGGGUGAUAGUAUUCCUCUGGAUAGCACUGGCCGGCCUUCUCGACAAAUUCCCUGGGAUGAUGGUCGGGAUGGUAUGAACUUGAUGGGUAUGGCAGGCGAAGACGGUCCGUCACGAACCCUCUUCAUCUCGGGUUUGCCCACAAGCUUCUUCCUCGAAGAUGUGGUCGCGAUGUUCAAGCUGUUCGGCCCUAUGCGCGACGUCCAACUGGUGUCGUUCCCGCCUGGAUGUGCUGUGGUCACAUUUGACUCGGAGCAAGAUGCGGAACGAGCUCGGUUGACCUGUGAUAACUUCACCUUCGAACAAACCGGCCGAAGGCUCUCUGUGAGACCCAUGGCUGUCGACUCGCCUGACUCAUAUGAGAUGCUCAACAGAGGGUCCUCAGCGAGGCAGUAUACGCAUCGCAAGGUUCCAUCUACCACGGAUGAGACUGAGAUCGCUGGAGUGUUCUCAGAAUUUGGUCAUGUCAAUUCGGCACACAUCAUAUCUUCACGGAGCCUUGGUAUUGUGUCGUUCAACACUAUGGAGGAAGCUGUUAAUGCAAUGACCACCGUGAAUCUGCGAAUGUCCAGCGGUGACGAUCGAGUUCCCAUCCAUUGGCUCGCAUCCGGUGUGCAUGUUGAGCUGGACAGUCCGGUCCAGGACGAGUAA